GGUGGCUCCUCAGACAAGAUGCAGCCCUCAAGUGCCGACCUAUUGGUCGGCAGCCGUGGAGUCGAGCUUUCAGAUCGCUGGACGGAUGGUUUCGAUAUCUGCUACAUCUUGGCCGUCACGAAACGCCGCACGAUGGUUGGGUAGUACGGGAAAUCAACCUGCCGGUACUCAAAUCUAACGUUCCAUCACACGCAUUGUUGUAGCAUCACGAGCGACUAGGCUCUCACUGCUGGGUGGGAGAGAUGAAGAUCAGCCACACUCGUCCAGGGCAGCCACUGAAAAGGGCAGUUGGACAAGUUGAAGGUGGAAGGGUCGCUGGGCCAGCAGUAGAGCCCCAAUUAAGCAAUCACCUUUAUCCUUCCGCCGCCUGCACCCACCAAUCAACACGGCCACCCGCGCCGCUAUCGAGAGAUUGGAAACUUCCCCUCAGCCCUGUUCAACCAGCGAGGCUUGUCCGAAUUUGGGAGUCCGUUAUGGAACCCACAAGGAAGCCCACAGAUGGCGGGCAGGCAAAAAUGGCGUCCGACAUCGUGUUGGCCAGGCCAGCUUGGCUUUGGUUUAGACUCGCCCUUUUCCCUGACCAAUCCGGGCGGACGAGGACCACCGUCCGUAUUAGUGAUUUGCCAUUAAUUGGUGCCGCAAUCCAACCCUGAGCGUUGACAGGUUGUUCCCCACGGCCUUCGGACCACACCAUGAGGGCAAUAAGGGACGUUUG